CCCUUUCUUGUAGGUGAUAGAAAUAGAAGAUGCUUCUCCUACCAAGUGUCCAAUAACAACCAAGUUGGUUUUAGAUGAAGAUGAAGAAACUAAAGAACCAUUAGUACAGGUUCAUAGAAAUAUGGUUAUCAAAUUGAAACCCCAUCAAGUAGAUGGUGUUCAGUUUAUGUGGGAUUGCUGCUGUGAGUCUGUUAAAAAAACAAAGAAAUCUCCAGGUUCAGGUUGUAUUCUAGCCCACUGCAUGGGCCUUGGUAAGACUUUACAGGUAGUAAGUUUUCUUCAUACAGUUCUUUUGUGUGAGAAAUUGGAUUUCAGUACAGCUUUGGUGGUUUGUCCUCUUAAUACUGCUUUGAAUUGGAUGAAUGAAUUUGAGAAGUGGCAAGAGGGGUUAAAAGAUGAUGAGAAGCUUGAGGUCUCUGAAUUAGCAACUGUAAAACGUCCUCAGGAGAGAAGCUACAUGCUUCAGAGGUGGCAAGAAGAUGGUGGUGUUAUGAUCAUAGGUUAUGAGAUGUACAGAAAUCUUGCUCAAGGAAGGAAUGUGAAGAGUAGGAAACUUAAAGAAAUAUUUAACAAAGCUUUGGUUGAUCCAGGCCCUGACUUUGUUGUUUGUGAUGAAGGCCAUAUUCUAAAAAAUGAAGCAUCUGCUGUUUCAAAAGCUAUGAAUUCUAUACGAUCAAGGAGGAGGAUUAUUUUAACAGGAACACCACUUCAAAAUAAUCUAAUUGAGUAUCAUUGCAUGGUUAACUUUAUCAAGGAAAAUUUGCUUGGCUCCAUUAAGGAGUUCAGAAAUCGAUUUAUAAAUCCAAUCCAAAAUGGUCAGUGUGCAGAUUCUACCAUGGUAGAUGUCAGAGUGAUGAAAAAACGUGCUCACAUUCUCUAUGAGAUGUUAGCUGGAUGUGUUCAGAGGAAAGAUUAUACAGCAUUAACGAAGUUCUUGCCUCCAAAACAUGAAUAUGUGUUAGCUGUAAGAAUGACUCCUAUUCAGUGCAAGCUCUAUCAGUACUACUUAGAUCACUUAACAGGUGUAGGUAAUAGCAGUGAAGGUGGAAGAGGAAAAGCAGGUGCAAAACUUUUCCAAGAUUUUCAGAUGUUAAGUAGAAUCUGGACUCAUCCUUGGUGUUUACAGCUGGACUACAUUAGCAAAGAAAAUAAGGGAUAUUUUGAUGAAGACAGCAUGGAUGAAUUUAUAGCUUCAGAUUCUGAUGAAACCUCCAUGAGUUUAAGCUCCGAUGAUUAUGCAAAAAAGAAGAAAACAAAAGGGAAAAAGGGGAAAAAAGAUAGUAGCUCAAGUGGAAGUGGCAGUGACAAUGAUGUUGAAGUCAUUAAAGUGUGGAAUUCAAGAUCUCGAGGAGGUGGUGAAGGAAAUGUGGAUGAAACAGGAAACAAUCCCUCGGUUUCUAUAAAGACGGAAGAAAGUAAAGCUACUUCCUCUUCUAAUCCAAGCAGCCCAGCUCCAGACUGGUAUAAAGAUUUUGUUACAGAUGCUGAUGCUGAGAUUUUAGAGCAUUCUGGCAAAAUGGUACUUCUCUUUGAAAUUCUUCGAAUGGCAGAGGAAAUUGGGGAUAAAGUACUUGUUUUCAGCCAGUCUCUUAUAUCUCUGGACUUGAUUGAAGAUUUUCUUGAAUUGGCUAGUAGGGAGAAAACAGAAGAUAAAGAUAAACCUCUUAUUUAUAAAGGUGAAGGGAAGUGGCUCCGAAAUAUUGACUAUUAUCGUUUAGAUGGUUCUACUACUGCACAAUCAAGGAAAAAAUGGGCUGAAGAAUUUAAUGAUGAAACUAAUGUGAGAGGACGAUUGUUUAUUAUUUCCACCAAAGCAGGAUCUCUUGGCAUUAACCUGGUAGCUGCUAAUCGAGUGAUUAUAUUUGAUGCUUCUUGGAAUCCAUCCUAUGAUAUCCAGAGUAUAUUCAGAGUUUAUCGCUUUGGACAAACUAAACCUGUAUAUGUAUAUAGGUUCUUAGCUCAGGGAACCAUGGAAGAUAAGAUUUAUGAUCGGCAAGUAACUAAGCAGUCAUUGUCCUUUAGAGUUGUUGAUCAGCAGCAGGUCGAGCGUCAUUUUACCAUGAAUGAGCUUACUGAACUUUAUACUUUUGAGCCAGACUUAUUAGAUGACCCUAAUUCAGAAAAAAAGAAGAAAAGGGAUACUCCCAUGCUGCCAAAGGACACCAUACUUGCAGAACUUCUUCAGAUACAUAAAGAACACAUUGUAGGAUAUCAUGAGCAUGAUUCUCUUUUGGACCACAAAGAAGAAGAAGAGCUGACUGAAGAAGAAAGAAAAGCAGCUUGGGCUGAGUAUGAAGCAGAGAAGAAGGGACUGACCAUGCGUUUCAACAUACCAACUGGGACCAAUUUUCCCCCUGUCAGUUUCAACUCUCAAACUCCUUAUAUUCCUUUCAAUUUGGGAGCCCUGUCAGCAAUGAGUAAUCAACAGCUGGAGGACCUCAUAAAUCAAGGAAGAGAAAAAGUUGUGGAAGCAACAAACAGUAUGGCAGCAGUGAGGAUUCAGCCACUUGAAGAUAUAAUUUCAGCUGUGUGGAAGGAAAACAUGAAUCUCUCAGAGGCCCAAGUACAGGCGUUAGCAUUGAGUAGACAAGCCAGCCAGGAGCUUGAUGUUAAACGAAGAGAAGCAAUCUACAAUGAUGUAUUGACAAAACAACAGAUGUUAAUCAGCUGUGUUCAGCGAAUACUUAUGAACCGAAGACUCCAGCAGCAGUACAAUCAGCAGCAACAGCAACAAAUGACUUAUCAACAAGCAACACUAGGUCACCUCAUGAUGCCAAAGCCUCCAAAUUUAAUCAUGAAUCCUUCUAACUACCAGCAGAUUGAUAUGAGAGGAAUGUAUCAGUCAAUGGCUGGUGGUAUGCAGCCACCACCAUUACAGCGUGCACCACCCCCAAUGAGAAGCAAAAAUCCAGGACCUUCCCAAGGGAAAUCAAUGUGAUUUUGCACUAAAAGCUUAAAGGAUUGUUAAAAUCAUAGAAAGAUCUUUUAUUUUUUUAGGAAUCAAUGACUUAACAGAACUCAACUGUAAAAAUAGUUUGGUCCCCUUAAAUGCCAAUCUUCCAUAUUAGUUUAAAAUUUUUUUAAAAUAGGGCAUACCAUUUCUUCCUGACAUUUGUCAGUGAUGUUGCCUAGAAUCUUCUUAUACACAUUGAGUACAGAAGAUAUUUCAAAUUGUUUUCAGUGAAAACAAGUCGUUCCAUAACAGUAACACCUCCACAGAUUUCCUCUCUAAAUUUUUAUGCCUGCUUUUAGUGACCAUAAAAUUGUCAUGAAAUUAAUGAAUUUAGGAAAUAAUACAGAUUUAUAUAUUCAUUCUUUACAUAUAAAAACACACAGCUGAGUUCUUAGAGUUGAUUCCUCAAGUUAUAAAAUAAUUUUGUACUUAAUCAAUUUAUUGAUUAAAGUAAUUGAAAUGGUUUUAAUGUUCUUUUGACUGAAGUCUGAAACUGGGCUCUUGCUAGGUCAUGUCUGUGACUGAAAAUUAGAAACUAAGGGUUAUCUUUGACACAGAAUUGUGUGCAAUAUUCUUAAAUACUACUGCUCUAAAACUUGGAGGAAUCUUGCAGUUAUCUUAGUAUUGUAUAAACAGCCUUAAGUACAGCCUAAGAAGAGAAUUCCUUUUUCUUCUUGAGACUUUCUGCCAUUUUUUAUUUUCAGUUAUAUGUACUGAAAUAAUUACUGGUAAAAUUUCAGGGUUGUCGAUUAUCUUCCACACAUGAAUUUUCUCUCUCCUGGCACUAAUAAAAAGCACAUCUCUUAACUGCUUGGUGCCAGUGCUAGUGCUUCAUCCUAUUGCUGGCAGUGGGAUGUGGCUAACAAAAUCAAGUUCUAGCAUUUUAGGAGGUUAAGGAUGACAUUGUGGUUGUUAAGUUCACACCCUGUUUUAUAAACAGCAUCAAAAUGGCAGAACCAUUGCUGACUUUAAGUUCACAUGAGGAAUGUGCUUUAACAAUUCCCAGUACUGUCAGUAUUGUGAAUUAAUUACUUUUAAAGAUAAGGAUCACUGGCUUCUAUGCUCAUCUUCUUUUCUCUCAUCAUGUUCUUUUCCCCCAACUUCCCUGUUUUCUUAAAUUAUGCCUAAGUUCGAUUUUUUUUUAAGUUUAGGUCCUUGAGGCAAUUAUUGAUCCAAAUUAAUUCAUGUAAUACCCCUUUGUGAAGUUUUACUAGAAAAUCAUUACAUUGUUGUUUUUCUUUAUCCAGACCUGUAAAAAUAACCUAUAAGUUUAUUCAUGUACAAUUUGGUUGCUUGAGUUUCUUAAAAGAUUGUUAGACUAUGGGAGUCAACUUAACAUGACAAAAACAGUUUUGAGAUGAUGAUAUAACAGGAAGUGGAAACAGCUAAGGAAUUCUAGAAAAAAGAAAGUUGAAUGGAAGAUUGACUUGUUCCAGGUAUCACUGGAUUAGAAUGAGUUUAACAUUAGCUAAAACUCUUUUGAGAUGUUUGGAUGGUUAUGAGAUUUCCAUUUUUAUCUUGAAAGAACUAGUGAUAAAACAUCCAAGAGCACUAGGUUUGUGAUAAUGAAACUUAUAAGAUUUGUAGGAUCUACCCCCUCCUACCUCCCAUGAUAAAUUAUCACUAACAACUUCCAUAUAUUUGGAUAUUAUACCAGCCAUAUAAUCAAAUUUAUUUAAUUGGGGGGCGGGGAGAUGUGUGUUUAGGAGAACUGAAAAAGUCAAGAUUUAUGAGGUAAAUAUUUGAAGACAGUAUACUCUGGACAACUGUUCUCAGUCGGUAUUUCUACAAGUCCAGGAUACUUUAUAUCUGAUUUAUUAGACCUGGGAACUUUCAACAUGGUCUAAUUACCUGCUCAAAGACAUAGAUGUGAAAAUUUUAAGCAACCUUCUAAACUGUUUUACCACGAUGAAACUAUGACUUAAAAGUAAUGCAUAGAAGGAUUAAUUAAUUGGAAAUAAGAGAGUUUGAAAUAAAACUUGGACCACUUUGCAUACACUAUUCUCACUUGACAUUUUAGCUACAUAAUAUGUACUUUGAGUAUAAAAUCAAGCUUUAACAAAUAUUUAAAGACAAAAAUCACGUCAAUAAGAUACUAAAAGGCUCAGUUUUAUAUUUGUUUUAGAUGUUUUAAAUAGUUGCAAUGGCUUAAAAAUGACGAUUUAAAAUGUUGCUUGUAAUACAGUUUUGCCUGCUAAAUUCUCCACAUUUUGUAACCUGUUUUAUUUCUUUGGGUGUAAAGCAUUUUUGCUUAGUAUUGUGAUAUUGUAUAUGUUUUGUCCCAGUUGUAUAGUAAUGUUUCAGUCAUCAUCCAGCUUUGGCUGCUGAAAUCAUACAGCUGUGAAGACUUGCCUUUGUUUCUGUUAGACUGCUUUUCAGUUCUGUAUUGAGUACCUUAAGUACUGUAGAAAAGAUGUCACUUCUUCCUUUGAGGCUGUUUUGUAAUAUAUAUAAGGACUGGAAUUGUGUUUUUAAAGAAAAGCAUUCAGUAUGACAAUAAUACUAUCUGUGUUUUCACCAUUCAAAGUGCUGUUUAGUAGUUGAAACUUAAACUAUUUAAUGUCAUUUAAUAAAGUGACCAAAAUGUGUUGUGCUCUUUAUUGCAUUUUCACAGCUUUGAAAAUCUGUGCAUAUAUUGUUUCAUAGAAAAUGUAUAGCUUUUUAUGCCAUAUUUAAUGGUGGUUCUUUUGCACAUUUAGUUAUUUAAUGUUGGGAGGUCAAGAAGUUUGGUUUUUAAAUUUGUUAUAUACUAAAUUCUGUAAAAGGAGAUCUUUAACCUCAAAAAUAAUUUACAUACCAGGAAGCCUAUGUGUGUUUGUGUUAGUUUUGAUUGUCUUUGUGUAAUCCAGCACCACUUUCUGCUUCCCAAGAACUGCAUCACUCAUUUAAGCCAAACAGGACUACCGAUCCACAUCUGUACAAAAGCUGCUUACUAUCCUGAAGCCAUAGGAGGUUAAUGGAAAACCUUAUUACCUGGCCUCCAAAGAAGCUGAAUGUGUUGUAGUCUUCCCUAGCUAUGCCUGUUCUUGCUUUAGUACCAUAAAAUCAGAUACAUAUUUCUGUGCCCCAAACAAAACUUUAAAAACAAUUAUCUUAGUAAUCAUUGUUUCUUUUGAGGGUGGCGUGUUGUGAAGCUGACAGAUACUUACUCUAAGAGGAAGAGAGGUUAUCCUUUUACAUCUGUAUUUCACUAAAAUUUAUGUUCAGAUUUUUACCCACCUUAUUUCACCAGACUUACUCUCAAGUGACUUGACUAUCUCCAAAUCAAAUCUGACCUUAGAGAGGAAAAUUCUACCAUUGAAUUUUUUUUUUCUCAAAACUGUAUUCUGUGCCAAUCCCAAAGGAGUGACCAGGUUUUAGAAAUGCUUUUUGUCUGUGCAACAUUUUAUAUAUGCUGUUAUAUUGAGGUGAAUAAAAUUUUAAAAUCCAAAAUA